AUGGCCAGGAAAGAGGUCACCCUAGCACUGCCCACAGACCUGGUGGAGCAACUGGAAUCCCUGGCCCAUGCACAGUGCCAAACCUUUGAGGAGCAGGUGGUAGCGGAGCUGCGGCGUUCGGUGUCACGGUUGAGCGGUAUUAGCUGCGAUCGACUGGCGCGAGACCAGUCGUCAGAGCUGCACCUGACCUCCCCAAUCAUCGGCCUCGUUGAGGGCUUGUUGACGGGUGAGACAACCAUUGGCGAGGUGCUGUGCAAGGGCGACUUUGGAAUCGGCACCCUCAACCACCUGGAUGGCGAGGUGGUGAUACUGGAUGGGGUGGCAUACCAGCAGGGCUGGCAGGGAAGAUGCAGGCUGGUAGACGACGCGGAGAAGACCCCCUUCAUGACCGUCACGCGGUGGCAGCCAGGCCGCGCGGUGACAGUGCCGCUGUCGGCGCGCAUGGAUCGUGCGCAGCUGCUGGCGGAGCUGGAGCGCCACUUCCCCUCCCCCAACCUCUUCUACGCCAUCCGGCUGACCGGCCGGUUUGAGAGCCUGCGCGCCCGCUCCGUAAAGAAGCAAAAGGUGGACAGGCCUCUGGUGGCUGUGGCCAAGGACCAAGCGGUGUUUGAGCUAGGGGCGGGCAGCGGCACGCUGGUGGGCUUCUGGAGCCCGCCCUUCAUGGGGUCCGCCCUCACCGUCCCCGGCUUCCACCUGCACUUCCUUUCAGAGGAUAAGAUGCAGGGAGGGCACCUGCUGGAGGCGGUGCUGCUGGAGGGGGAGGCCCAGAUACAGGCGCUGCACCACACCGACACCGACCUGCCCAAGACGCAGACCUUCCUGGGGGCGGACCUCACGAGGGACCCCGCGGAGGAUCUGGAGAGCGCGGAGAAGUGA